GCGCCAAACCGCAGCCAUGGAGCAGGCACCUCGGGAUCCCGAGCGGCAGCUGCAGCCGGCACCCUUAGAGCCGCUGGGCCACCCCGACGCGGGCCUGCAGGCCGCGGUCGGUGAGGAAGCGGAAGGGGCCCGAGACGAGGGCUCCGGGGAGGGCACGAUGACUGAAAAUAAUUUUUGGUUGAAGAAGAUCGAAAUUAGUGUUUCAGAAGCAGAAAAGCGAACUGGAAGAAAUGCCAUGAACAUGCAAGAAACAUAUACUGCUUACCUCAUUGAAACAAGGUUUACCAGAGUCACUGAGCUUGUCUUAAGGCUGCACCCUGUGACUUUUCAAGGCUUUCUCCAGGUCUGUGUUUCUACCCAAAAUAAAAUUUUUCUCGUGUAUACUGAACAGGCAGACUCCAGGUUAAAAGCGCUUAAUGCAACAUUCAGAGUGAAAAACCCAGACAAGAGAUUUACUGAACUGAAACACUACAGUGAUGAGCUGCAGUCUGUCAUCUCACAUCUUCUUCGAGUCAGAGCUAGAGUAGCAGAUCGACUCUAUGGUGUAUAUAAAGUGCAUGGGAAUUAUGGGCGAGUUUUCAGUGAGUGGAGUGCCAUAGAGAAAGAAAUGGGGGACGGACUGCAGAGUGCUGGUCACCAUAUGGACGUGUAUGCAUCUUCUAUUGAUGAUAUUUUAGAAGAUGAAGAACAUUAUGCAGAUCAGUUAAAGGAAUAUCUGUUUUAUGCAGAAGCAUUGCGGGCUGUAUGCAGGAAACAUGAACUUAUGCAAUAUGACUUGGAGAUGGCUGCUCAGGACUUAGCAUCCAAAAAGCAGCAAUGUGAGGAACUGGCAACUGGGACCGUGAGAACAUUUUCUUUGAAGGGAAUGACUACCAAGCUCUUUGGUCAAGAAACUCCAGAGCAGAGAGAAGCCAGAAUAAAGGUGCUAGAAGAACAAAUAAAUGAAGGAGAACAACAGUUAAAGUCUAAAAAUCUGGAAGGCAGAGAAUUUGUGAAAAAUGCUUGGGCCGAUAUUGAACGCUUCAAAGAACAAAAGAACCAUGAUUUAAAGGAGGCCCUCAUAAGCUAUGCAGUCAUGCAGAUCAGUAUGUGCAAAAAGGGAAUUCAAGUUUGGACCAAUGCUAAGGAAUGCUUUAGCAAGAUGUAAUCUUGUGAAAUGAAUUUCUCUUCAAUCAAAGUGCCCCAGAACAGAAGCACAAGUAAAUGAAAAAAACUUAAGUCGCUACCCAGUAUACACAAAAAUAUGUAUAAGUUGAGUCAAUUCAACUUUCUUUAAUUUGAUUUUAGUUGUGUUCAUCUAGCACAAGAAGGAUGUAUUUUAAUGAAUAUUAAAUAUUAUAAUUUGAGGUUUUGGGGACUGGUGCUGAUUCCAAAAAGUUAAUUUGAUAAUACAUUACCAAUAGAUGGUUUGUCAGGCUUCUGAACCAAUGACUGAAUGUUAAGAUGGUAGGUAAUUUGUUUGUUUCAAUGCCAGUUGUCUCCAAUCUGUUUAUGUAGGGAGUUUUUUCCUAAGAUUGAAUUCCUAUCUUCACUUGCUCUAAGACCCACUAAGCUGUUAUAGGGGGUUAUUUUUUCUUGCCUUAGAGUUGAGCUGUUUGGUUUGACAAAGCUCAGCAGAAACUUAGUGUGAAAUCUAAGAUUUUCUCCCACAUUCAUUGAUGCCCCCUAUAACAUUUGCAUACACUAGAAAAUGCCUUCAAUUUGUGUUUUACCAGAAUUUUGAUACUGGUCAGAAAUUUCAUACUGUCAACAAAGAAGAUUCAGCUUCUCAGAUAUAUAGUGGAACACAUUGUUAUGAUCUAGGAAUUGCUAUGUAGAAAGUUUUAAUUGAAUAUGUUACAUAUAAGCACUAAAUUCUUCUCAAAUAAUUCUUAACCUCAGUGAUGAGCCUAAAUUUACUCUGCUUGGCUCUCUACACAUGGCAUUUCAGGGUACAAGAUGUAGCAUUUCAAUGUGUAAGAUACAUGUAGUGAACAUAUGUGUUAGUAUCUUCAUUAUUAACAUCCUUCUUUUCUAUUGCUUGGCUGUAAUUUUUGUAAAGAUAAAUUAUAUUGUUUUUGUGCGUGUGUGUGUUUGUGUGUUUUUGUGGUAUAUGUUCAGACGCCAAGCACCCUCAUUUUGCUAGCUUUGCAGUAUUUUAAAUGUGUUCUCAUUAUUACUAAUUAUGUAAAAAAAAUCCCCAGUACUGUUCAGUAUUUGACUUUUUACAUGUUUAAAAUGUUGCUGGAUUUUUGUGCUGUUUGCCAAACGUAUACAAUAAAUGAAGUAUUGUGCUGAUUUUCA